CCGCCCCUGGCUCCGCCCCGGCCGGCCGCGGCGGCAUUAGGGUGUGGGAAUGCUCCUCCGGCUCCGAGCCGAGGGUUUCGGUCCCCUGUGAGAGAGGAGGUGAGUCGAGUUGCUGUCCUGAUCUUGCUCGUGUGGGAGCCUCUCGGGGGCUGGUUGCUCCUCAUUCUCUCCGUGGAGAGGGAGAUUCCAAGCAAGAGGCCAUCCCCAGCAGGGCUCUCAUGGGAAGCGGAUAACUGGGGGCUUCGCUCGCUCGCUCGCUUUGGUCCGGAAUGGAGGAAUGGUUUGGAAGAAGAUGGUGAGGUUCAACAGAUUAACCAAAGUCUUGAAGAGUGUGCAUCUUUGAUAUAGGAGUACCAAUCAAAACAUUGCCCACAAUGAAGCUGCUCCGAAGACACUAUGGCCCACUUAAGCUGGCUUUAGUGGGUGUUGUCUUUAUGAUCUUCCUGUUUAUUAUGCAAAAAGAUGUAAGCAGUGGGGACCACAGGGAGGAACCUUGGCUAAAAAACAUUGUGGACAGGAAAGACCAAGUGAUUGACAUGAUGAUGGGAGCAGUCAACAACAUCCGUGACUCUAUGCCCAAGCUGCAGAUCGGAGCGCCUGUUCAGCAAGAGGCACCUGUACAGAACAGCAAGUCCUGCCUGCCAGGUUAUUACACGCCAGCAGAACUGAAACCCUUUAUGGAGCGUCCACCACAGGACCCCAAUAGCCCAGGUGCUGAUGGCAAAGCUUUCAAGAAGGACCAAUGGACCGCGGAGGAGACAAAGGAGAAAGAACGUGGCUAUGAGAAGCACUGUUUCAAUGCCUAUGCCAGUGAGCGGAUCUCUCUCCAGAGGGCCUUGGGACCAGACACUAGACCUCCAGAAUGUAUCGAUCAAAAGUUCAAACGUUGUCCACCUCUCCCUACCACCAGUGUCAUUAUUGUCUUCCAUAAUGAGGCCUGGUCGACCCUGCUCCGCACAGUGUACAGUGUCCUCUACUCCUCCCCUGCUAUCCUGCUAAAGGAAAUAAUUCUUGUGGAUGAUGCCAGUACAGAUGACUACCUGAAAGACCAGUUAGACCUGUAUGUGAAGCAGUUACAAAUAGUGAAGGUCGUCCGACAGCAGGAGAGGAAGGGCUUAAUAACAGCCCGGUUGCUUGGGGCUAGCGUUGCCACGGGAGAUGUGCUCACUUUCCUGGAUGCUCAUUGUGAAUGUUUCCAUGGCUGGUUGGAGCCUCUCUUAUCACGCAUUGCAGAAGAGCCCACAGCCGUGGUCAGUCCAGACAUCACCACCAUUGACUUGAACACCUUUGAGUUUUCCAAGCCAAUUCAAUACGGGAAGCAGCAUAGUCGGGGCAAUUUUGACUGGAGUCUGACUUUUGGAUGGGAGUCCAUCCCCCAACAUGAGAAGCUGAGGAGGAAAGAUGAGACUUAUCCUAUCAAAACUCCCACGUUUGCUGGUGGCCUCUUCGCCAUUUCCAGGUCCUAUUUUGAACACAUCGGUUCUUAUGAUGAUCAGAUGGAAAUCUGGGGAGGGGAGAAUGUGGAGAUGUCCUUUCGGGUUUGGCAGUGUGGGGGUCAGCUGGAGAUAAUUCCCUGCUCUGUGGUUGGCCAUGUGUUCCGCUCCAAGAGUCCCCACACCUUCCCGAAAGGAACUCAAGUCAUCUCCAGGAACCAGGUACGCCUGGCAGAAGUCUGGAUGGAUAACUACAAGGAGAUCUUCUACAGGAGGAACCAACAGGCCUCUCAGAUGGCUAGAGAGAAAACUUACGGAGACCUCACCGAGCGGCUUGCACUGAAGGAGCGUUUGCACUGCAAGAACUUCACAUGGUAUCUUCAGACCAUUUAUCCAGAAAUCUUCAUCCCAGACCUUACCCCAGCUUUCUAUGGAGCAAUUAGAAACGAAGGUUCUAAACGCUGCCUGGAUGUUGGUGAGAACAACCAUGGAGGGAAGCCGCUGAUCAUGUACCCCUGCCAUGGGAUGGGAGGCAAUCAGUACUUUGAAUACACAUCCCAGCGAGACCUGCGUCACAACAUAGGCAAGCAGCUCUGCCUUCGGGCAAAAAUGGGGCCUGUGGAAUUGGGAGACUGUCACUACACAGGGAAGCACUCUCGUGUGCCAGAAAAUGAAGAAUGGGACCUGACCAUUGAUCACCUGCUUAAAAAUGUGGCAUCGAAUAAGUGUCUGACUGCAAGAGGUGAGCAUCCCUCUGAGGUUCCCUGCAACCCUGCAGAUUCCCAUCAGCUUUGGUACUUCAGUUAAGCGGUCCAGCAAAAGACCAAAGCAACACCAGCAAGACCUGUUGCCAGUGGACCUCAUGUGGAGGCUUCUGUUUUCCAUGCCCUGCUCUCAAGACAGCAGAGGACAAUUCAAGGAGAAGAGAAAGGGGAUCCAUUGAAAUAUGCUGCAUCACUACACACUUGCCUCUACAACACUCUUGUGCCUUUUGGGAUGGGGUCGUCUUAACAGACACAGCAAGCCUUGGUGUAUCUUUUUUCUUUCUUUUUAGUAAAGUUGCAAACGUGUGUUUGCUCCUCAGACUUCAUAAUCAAACUCCAUAUUGUGAGACUGACAUCUGUGAUUUCUUCUGAAUUAGAUAAAAAGUGACGGUUGCAAGAUGUGAAAUAAAAUGUCUUACUGUGUAUAUCGUGA